AUGCAGUCAGGCCAACUGGAGAUUCUAAUAUCGUGUUUCCUGCCUUUUGCACAAUUAAUUGGACUCACCCUGACCCUGAGAUGGAGUGCAGUGUUUGUGCAGCAGCCACAUGACAUGGUGGUGGUAGCAGGGCAGCCUGUAACCUUACCCUGUACCAUCACUGGUUAUCAUGGCAUGGUGUUGUGGGUCAAAGACGGCCUGGCUCUCGGAGUCAAUCGUGACAUGUCAGGCUAUCCACGCUACGAUGUAGUGGGUGACCACAGCAAAGGCGAAUACCAUCUUCUGAUCCAGAGGGUUGAUCUAGCUGACGAUGGAAGCUUUGAAUGUCAGGGCAUCCAGGCUGGCAUCAGGUCACGACCUGCUCGGCUCACUGUUCUGGUUCCUCCGGAUGACCCCGUUAUUGUCGGAGCACCCGUGGUGAGUCUGAGGGCAGGUAACCCGCUCAACCUGACGUGCCACGCCGACAACGCCAAGCCAGCAGCCUCUAUCAUCUGGAUCCGUAACGGAGAGGUGCUCAACGGUGCCAUGUACUCCAAGACUCUUUUGCGCGAUGGGCACAAGGAAAGCACCGUCAGCACCCUGUACGUCUCAGCGUCCAACAUCGAGACUGGACAGCACAUCACCUGCCGAGCCUCCAACAAAGCGGCACCCAACGGCAAAGAGGCCACCGUCACCAUCGACAUCCAGCAUCUCCCGGUGGUAAAUCUGUCGGUGGAACCACAGCCGGUUCUGGAAGGAAAUCUGGUCAAGUUCCAUUGCUCAGCCAAAGCCAAUCCACCUGUCACCCAGUACAGGUGGGCGAAAGGUGGCACGUUGAUCCGAGACGUGGUGGGAGAGAUGUAUGAAGUAACAGUGGAUCAUACGUUCUUUACCGAAUCCGUCUCCUGUGAGGUCACCAACGCUCUGGGCAGCACCAACAUCAGCCGCAAUGUCGACGUCUACUUCGGACCUCGUCUUGCAACGGAACCUCAGUCUCUGCAGGUGGAUUUGGGUUCGGAUGCUGUUUUAAAAUGUGCAUGGAUGGGAAACCCCUCUCUCACCAUCGUGUGGAUGAAACGGGGCCAUGGUGUGGUACUUAGCAACGAGAACACUUUGACCCUGAAGGCAGUGAAACAGGAAGACGCUGGGAAAUACGUUUGCCGGGCUGUGGUUCCUCGAGUCGGAGUCGGGGAGAAAAUCGUGACUCUUACUGUAAACGGUCCUCCCACGAUCUCGAGCACCCAGACUCAGCAGGCUCUGUAUGGAGAAAAAGGCCAGAUCAAGUGUUUCAUCCGUAGCACCCCUCCUCCAGAUCGUAUUGCGUGGUCCUGGAAGGAGACGGUGCUGGAAUCGGGAACAUCGGGCAGGUACACGGUGGAGACGGUGAGUACGGAGGAGGGCGUGAUUUCCACCCUGACCAUGAGCAACAUCGUCCUCGCCGACUUCCAAACCAUCUACAACUGCACGGCCUGGAACAGUUUCGGCUCCGACACCGAGAUCAUUCGCCUCAAGGAACAAGGGUCCCUCCGCCUGGCAGUCAUCAUCGGGGUGGCGGUGGGAGCGUUCCUGGCGCUCAUCGUGCUCAUGGGGACCCUCGGGGCUUUCUGCUGCGCCCGUCUGCAGAGGAGUCUCAAGGGGGUCGUCUCAACCAAAAAUGACAUCCGGGUGGAAAUCGUCCACAAGGACCACAAUGCCGCCAGGGAGUCAGAGGAGCACUCGGGGGUCAAGCAGAUGGCAAUGGAGCGAGGUGAGUUUCAGCAGGAAUCAGUGCUGAAGCAACUGGAGGUUCUUCAGGAGGAGGAGGAGGAGUUCCAGCACAUUAAGGAUCCGACCAAUGGCUACUACAGCGUCAACACCUUCAAAGAGCACAACACCACCACUAAUCCUGAAGCACGUAACACAGCUGGCUCUGCAACCCUGGGGAAGCAUCGUGUACCCACUGGUAUGUCCUUCACCAACAUUUACUCGACUCUUGGUGCUGCACCGAACCACCGGCUGUACGACUACAGUGGCCGUUUCGUCCUGGCCAUGGGCUCCAGCUCCAUCGAGCUGUGCGAGCGUGAGCUCAGCGACUCCGGAUCUCUCCAGGACACUACAUGUGAUAGCAGCACCAGCAGCUACUUUGACAAGGCUAGCAAAAACUCUGCAUCGUCCUCAACACAUCACUCACAGUCGUCCUCGCAGAACUCGGACCUGACCCGACCCCUGCAAAAGCGCAUGCUUACCCACGUUUAA